AUGGGCGGAGGAGGCCGCACAUCCUCCUUCGCGCCCAGCCACAGCCUCAACACCUCUACACCCUUUCUCCUCGGCAGCGCGCUCGCCUCGGCCCUCUUCGCGUGCCUGGCGUCGCACACCGCCGUCAGCCUCUCUGCGGUGGCUGCAGUCGCCAGCGUGGUUCUCUGCAUCUCUGCUGGCCUCCGCUGGGUCGUUGGUGACCCAUUGCGCGACACCGCCGCGCACGGCUUCGGCCCUCGAUGUACCGCGCUGGCCGCCGCCGCGACGCCCACAGCGCCGAAGCUCGACAACAACGGCAGCUGCGACGGCGGCGAGCCGCCCGCAGACCUGUCCCAGGAGGAGCUGCUGCUGCUGCAGUACUUCUUCGCGAUCACCUUCCGGCUGGGCGACGACGAAGCGGCGAUCUCCAGCAUCUGGUGCAUGACGGGCGGCGGCAAGCCGCUUCCGAGCGCGCCAGACCAGCUCAACUUUACCGCGAUCCGGUACCACCUCUCGUUCGUCGCGUACGCCACCGCCGCCAUCUGCAUGCGCACCCCGCUCCUCAAGGCGCAGGGCGGCGCGCUGCCGUUCUAUUCACACCACGCAGGCUCGCCCUUCGCCUGCCGCGAGAAUGUCAUGUGGACCGGCCACCUCCUGCACGUCGCGACGCUCUACGAGGCGCUGACCGGGGACGACAAGUACCGCCAGCCGGGAGGGCUGCGCCUCGCGCUCGGCCUGCACCUCGCCGCCUGCAUGCGGGUCAACGCGGCGGGAGGGGUGCCCUGCGAGCCCGGCCUGGUCUUCUUCCAGUGCCAGAACCACGCCAUCCCUGGCCAGGUCGUGGUAGUGACGACGCCGCAGCACACGGAGCCGUUCUGCGCGCCCUUUGCGCGCGAGCGGGCGCACCUCGAGGAGCGACUCGCCUCCGCGGCGCGGGCAGGGUGCGAAACCAUCGCCGGCGAGCACCCGGCUGGCCCGUCGGACGUGUCCGAGGCACGAAAGCACCGCCCGCCUGGCCCGUCGCCGUCGCGUGUGCUCGGUUCGGUCCCGUUCGCGCACUUGGGCAGCGACGGGUGGGACCUGACCUACCUCGGCUGGUGGGCCGACAGCGGCCGUUUGGCGGGCGAGCUGUACACGCUCGCCGUGCAGCCCAAGGAGAGUGGCGCCCGGGGGGGGGGGGAGGGGGGCGUGGACGGCGUCUCUUCACAGACGCGGAUCCUGCCGAUGCUCCGCCAGCUCGGCGACGGCUCCAACGCCGACCGCGUCGAGGCGUGGCUGCGGCGCCACUUCCGGCGCGAGGCGCCGGCGCAGUCGCACCAGGGCGGCGGCGGCGAGGGCGGAGGCGGCGAGGGCGGAGGCGGCGAGGCGCUGUCGUGCAGUCCUGAGGCCGAGCUCCGCGCCUGCUCCUCUGGCUGCGGCUCUGCCGGCCUCGGGCCGGUGGCGGGGGGCACGGCGGACGGGCGCACGGCGGACGGGCGCACGGCGGCGGAGCGCGGCGCGAAGCGUGCGCCGCGCGGCUGCGUCUGGCUGCAGGAGGGCGACGAGUGGGCGAUCGGAAACACGGCGAACUACGCGAUGGCGGUCGCCGUCGCCAACGGCAGCGACUUGCGCGCGCUACACCAGGGCGGGUCGGAGCAGUACCGCGCAGCCGAGGCUGGCGGCGUGCGCGGCGUGGGCGUCUCGCCGCUCGACGCAGAGGUCUUCCGCUGCCGCAGGGGCGCGUCGCCGGGUGAGGUCGAGGUUGGGCUCUGGAUGGGCGAGGGCGGCUUGACCGAGGCGACGCUGUGGGCGGAGGGCCGUGCCGUCGACUCGCUCACGCUGCUGUCGGCCGACGGCGGCGGCGGCGGCGGCGGCGGCGGCGGCGGCGGCGGCGGCGGCGGUUGGGCGUGGCGCCCCGCCGCCCCGCCGUGCCGUGGCGCGACGGUGACGGUGGAGGGGCCGCGCCGGCGGCUUGUCUUUGCGGUGCGGGUCAAGUGA